CCUUGAUCGACUUACUAGAGUGUGAAGGCACUAAAGUGCCAGAGGAGGCAGAUAUAAGGGAGUAACUACAACCAAGGUCAGCAGCCACGUCUGUCUUGGCGGAAAAUUAUUUUCGCGAUGUGGGUGCAGUAAGAGGUCAUAUUCCAGCUUCAACAACUUGAAGGUUGAUGGUUGUAUUUGCUCAGUGUUAUGAUGCUGUACUGCUGUUGUAGUGGCGGAAACAGUUGUGUGGAGUAGGUUGUGCGGAGAAGAGUGUGUUGUAACCUGUAGCAUUUGUUUCUCAGGUUUACACACACAAAAGCUGGUUUCUUUACUGUAAUUAAAUUCACUUGUUCUGCUUUUAAUCUCAAGUGUUGUAUUGACUGGGAACCAAAUGUUACUUUUGUCACUUAUUAUUGGCUACUUAACAGAUGUCACGGUACUAUGUAGCCUUGAGCAGUAUAUAAUGCUACAAGCUUUGUAUGAAAAUUUGACUCAUAAUUUAUGUAUGUUAAACAAUAAUAAUAAUCUUUAUUUAAGCAAAAGUAAAUGCGUACAUAAAUACAUACAUGAAUGGGAUAUAAGAAGAUUGUAUGAAUCGAGGGUAGGGCAGGUGCAAUGUUUAAAGCCACUAAUAUGCAGAGCAUUUUGGGCAUAAAAUGAAAAUAAACUAAAUGAGAUGGAAAAACAAUAAUUAAUUGAGGUAGAUCAAUACAAAAUGUCAAUUAUUACAGGAUUAGAAAAGCAAAAAUAUCAGCAGAACAUAUUUUACAGACAGUACUAGUACUGUAUAAACAGAAGGAAUACAAUUUAUUAAAUUUUUACUUGGCAAAUAACAGCAGUAGUACAGGUUCAGUAAUUAAUGUUCAAUAACAGCAAAACAUGGGUUGAUAUUUAGGAAGUAAUGUAGGUUACAAAGAGUUAAUCAGGUAGUCUGUAGUUUCUCUUUUUUAAACCGAUUGCGAGAAGGACAGUUGUUUAUGUGAUUAGGGAGGUCAUUCCACAUUUUGGGACCCUUGAUUUGCAGAGCAUUUCUGCUUUAUGUUGCACUCGUGGGAUGUCAAAUAGAUAUUACUUAUAGAAUAGAUAUUUAAUUAGAUAUUUGUUUCUAAUGAGGUGCCCAUAUGUUCUAUUACAGCCCUCAGGGAAGAGUUUAAGGUCUAGAUUAGUAUUGUAGUUCAGUGUUCUAUGUAUAUAUACAUAGAGUAUAUACACUUGAGAGGAUGUACAGUGACUUAAUAUCUAACAUAUUCAAAGAUAUAAGGAAAGGGCACGAGUGCUAUAUGUGGCUUGAGUUUGUUACUGUUCAAAUUGUUGAUUUGUGUUGAGUAAUUAGAGGUCAUAGAUAAUUUUGGGUAUUAGAACCCCAGGCACAAUACCGUAUGCGAGAUACCAUAGAUGAGAGUAAUAAAGCGUUACCAGGGCAGAGCGAGGUACACAGUACAGUAUAUGAUAUUAGGAAAAAUGGUAACUGUUUUAGAAAUUGUUUUGCUAUACUGUAUUUUGUAUAUGGCACUGGAAUUUAAUUUCUAAGGAAUUUAUCAUCUAUUGUUACUUAUUUUGGUAUUGUUUAUUCUUAGGUUGAUCUGAUCUGGAGUUAUUACCAAACAAAAAAACUGAAGGUUUUAUCAGCUUUAAGGAGCAAGGCGAGAAUGGUAUUGACACGACUCUCACACUUUGGAGAGGUGUGUCCUUUGAGUGACCACAGUUACAGUGAUCCAGCAGCCCUACCCAAUCCUGCACAUCAUGCUCCUAACAGCAAGCGCUUUCCUGUAAAUGUUGGGAUAAAAUCCUCACAUUCGACAUCACCAUCAGCCUUACAAGCAGCAUCAUCAGCAGCAACAUUGACAAGUCCAUCAUUUUCACCAUCAACCUCAUCAUUGUCAUUGCCAUCUACAUCUGUCACAGCUUCACAGGCAUUACUGCCAUCAGCAUCAACAUCUGUUUCAUCUACAGAUUCACAAAAGAAUGAAGCUAUUAGAAUACACAUCCUUGACCUUCCAAAUGAAAUUUUUGAAAAUAUAUUUGCAUACCUUACUUUCAAGAAAAUUGGAGAAAUAAGGCGGGCUUGUAAGAGGUUUGAGCAGAUUGGAUCAACCAUCCUGAAUGCAUCUUUUCAACGCCUUCAGAUUAAAAUGCUUCAAAGAUUUCAAUCCAUUAAGGGACAGAUGCCACGUCGUGAAUCAGCACGCCGCAAGCAUCCAUUGGCUCGUGAAUCUGACAUAGUUGAAACUUUACAUAUGCGCCUCACUUUACUUCAGAUGUCUUUUGGAAAACACAUUGAACGCAAACAUUGUUGCUUCUUUGCUGGAGAUAUUUUAGAUGAAGUUCACCGCAUUUUGACCUACAUCAAAACGACCCCCAAUUUAGGCCGAGCAUACAAAGUAACUGAUGAGCUCUUUGAUCUUUCCACCAUGGCCAUGGAAUAUUUUAAGGAACACAUUGAACCAUGCCUUCCAGAAAUCACAUACUUUGGAUCGGAUUUCAUGGACAUAGCUACACCAUUCUCAGAGGGUUGUAGUGUACGCUCACCUAGUGGCAGUGGAAGAGUGUCCGAGCCAGAAGAUGAACUUCCUGAGCGUGAUCCCCUUCCUCCAUCUAACAUGGUCUUGCGCAAGAGGAUCAGACGCAUCCGUCAAGGAAUGAGAAAGUAUAAUACACAGUUGGUUGCUCUAAAACGUGAGCUGAAAGGAUGCAAAGGCAAGUUAGCUGACCAACACAAACAAAUGAUAGAGUAUGCAGCACGCAUGGAUGAGUAUGACAAGAAAUUUGAGGAAUCUUCACGUAAAUUCAGCACUGUGCUCCAGGAGCUGAACAAGUGCAAGACCGAGCUUCAGUACUGGCGGUCCAAGUCACCAGCACACCCUCUCUUGUGCUACAGUUGUGGCCAGUCAGUUGGGGAGGGGUCAGGCCAGCAACUGCAGGCUGGUGUAUUAAUGCAGGGUGGAGAUGAAGCUGUUGUUUAUGUUCCCCUUGCAACUGCUUCAAUUCCAGAGAGUGUAGAGAAGUGUAGUCCUCCAGGUGUUAUCCUUGCUCGAGAUGAGGCUCGAGAAAGGUGGCAUGCAGUUGGAGGUUCAGUGAGGAACCUUGAACGUGUUUUUGAUUUAGACAUCCCCAUCCAUGCCAGAUCUGUAGUAGCUCAUCACAAAUCAAAAACUCCUAGCUCUCAAUCUCAAUCUCUACUUCCAGGCCUUUAUUCCUCUCAAACCACAGUUGCCUCUCAGAGUGUAGAUGAAUCCCAAGGUGGGACCGCCUCUCCUCUGGCAAGUUCUCACUCAUCAAGUGUCAGUAACCAAGUGUAUGUUGCACAACAUUCAUUAGGAACCCACUCUCAAAUAAGCACUUCCCAGCCAGUGACAGUUCCCUGUGUGUUGUCUACUCCUUGUGCUCGGACUACAUCUGUUGCCUUGUCUGCUGCUACUACCAUCACAAAGCCUCAGCCUGUUAUUGCCUCCCAACCUUACUCUGCCUUUCAGGCAUGUACUGCCUCUCAAGACACACGACAUAAGUGGGAUGAUGGUCAGGAGUGUGCUGAAGACUUGUCCAUGUCUCGCUCCUACAAACAUUAUUUAGAUGAAGAUACAGACAGUAGUUUUCUAAAGCGUCGUUCAAGUGAUGAGGACAGUGAUAAUUGUGAUGUUUGUGAUGACACUGUUGGACGAAGGGUUAAGGAACGAAAGAGAAUCAAGUUGGAUAUUUUGUAAAGGCCUAAUUUUAUUUGGUGUUAUAUGUGGAUAUUUUGGUUAUUGUAGUGUCUAUUUCCAGGAGGGAGUCAAAAAAUUGUUUCACAAUAAUUUUCCUCCUAUUUACUUGAUCUAAAUUCAGAGCAUUAAGACACAUCAGAAACAGUGAGACAGACUUGGCCCCUGCCAGAGUAUACAUAGUACUUUUAAAAUACAGUAAAUCAAUAUUUUUUUGGUUAUUUAUUGAUUGGGAGAAGGGAGCUUCUUUUGCUGCCUUUUACAACAUUAGUAUGAAGCAUGUUCUCAUCCAAACCCUGUACAGAAGUUUGAAUUUAUCAAUGCAGCUUAUUUGGAGGCUUGUGGAUAAUUACAUACUUGGAGGCUAGUGUGGAGAAAUGCAAAUUGAUAAAGUAUAUUUUUUAAAACUUUACUGGUGGACACUGAUUUUUUCACAUCUCUAGAUAAAUGGGUGAAUUGAGAUAAUGUUGUAUAUGCCAUUGCAUUAUUGUAUGUUUAGUUUGUGCAAUUGAAAGGUGAACAGAAUUUAUUAUAUGUACUGUAUAUGUUAUAUUUGUGGAUUUAUAAUUGGAUAAAUAUUGCAAAAUAA